AUGCGUUAUAUUGCGAGCAUUGAAACGACGUGUCCGGAAAAGAAAGCAUGGCAGGUGACACAUCCGUCCUACACGGCAAUGAAAGGAUUCAUUGCAGUCAGUAAACCAUUAUUCCAUAUCUAUCUAUCUAUCUAUCUAUCUAUCUAUCAUAGUUUAUUCAAUAUCUAUUUGUUUAUCUAUCAUAGUUUUUUCCCAUAUCUAUCUAUCUAUCUAUCUAUCUUAGUUUAUUCAAUAUCUAUCAUAGUUUAUUCAAUAUCUAUCUAUCUAUCUAUCUAUCUAUCUAUCUAUCUAUCUAUCUAUCUAUCUAUCAUAGUUUAUUCAAUAUCUAUUUGUUUAUCUAUCAUAGUUUUUCCCAUAUCUAUCUAUCUAUCUAUCUAUCUAUCUAUCUAUCUAUCUAUAUUUUUUCCCAUAUCUAUCUAUCUAUCUAUCUAUCUAUCUAUCUAUCUAUCUAUCUGA